AUGUGGAGUGUAUCGGUGUUUGUAACUUCUGUUGCUGCUCCUGUGGUUCGAAGAAGAGGAAGUGCGAUCGACAUAAUGCGUCAAAGAGGAAGACAACGUCGAGACCCUGAUGGAGAGGGACAUCAGGGAGCUGCACCUGAGGUUGGUCCGGAGCACCAGGCAUUUCCCAGAGAACCGACUGAUACUUCUUUAUUGGAGAGACGACCAAAGCCAACCUUAAAGGUUGCUGCACAUGGCAGCAAAUUAAUAGGAUGGGUUCCGCCAAUGCUCCCAAGGAAAAUGAAUGAUUGGCUAGUUGCAUCUGGUUUGUCAUCUUUGCAGCAUACUUAUUUGGCCAGGGUAGAUACACAUCUAUUAUCUGCUUUUGUUGAGAGAUGGGGCGAGCUAGUUGACCCCAAUGUUGUUGUCACCGAUUAUGAUGCUAUCCAUCUAGUUGUUGAGUUAUUUGGUGUUUCACUUAGUGAUGCAACUACAGAGGCUUCUACUGUUAGGGGUCCUUACUAUAAAUUGGAUUGGUUGAAGCAAAUUUUUGAGCAACAAAGAGCGGCAAAUAACUUUACGAGUGCUAUGAGAGCCUACAUGAUGUUGCUAUUAGGUUGUACUAUUCUUGCCGACAAGACUUUUACUCUUGUCGAGGCAAAAUAUCUACCACUGUUUAGAGAUUUGAGUACUUGUGGAAGAUAUUGCUGGGGGGCAGCUGCACUGUGUUGGAUUCAUGAGUAUUUUCCAACUGUUGGAAAGAGAGGUACUUCUGGAUUAUGUGGCAUUGAUAGUCCAAUGGCUAGGGCGAUGAAAUGGGAAUAUAGGCAGGGGACGCAAAAAGUGGCUGACAUCCGAGCUGUGUUAGAUCAGUUGACUCCUCACGAUAUCGUCUGGCGCCCUUUUGAGGAUCAUAGGGUGCACCGUCCUGUUGAUGAUAUCUGUUUGUACCGGGUAUGCAUGCGUCAGUUUGGAUACAGACAGUACAUACCGACUGCUCCUCCUAAUGUAGACACACUUGAUGUGGAUGUUGAGUGGGCUACAUAUAUGCAGAGUGUGUUGCAGGUGAUCCGAUCCUACAAUGAUCCCCCAGCUGCGUUUGCCACCAUGCUAUAUGAGACAGACGAUGAUUAUUUGCCGUGGUAUUGUAUGGUGUCACAUCAUCGUUUGAGAGCACCACGGGAUGAUCGGCCGAUGGAGGUACCAGUGCCUGUCUAUGACGAAGGACUGUCAUACCCGAGAUUAUCAUAUAUAUCUCAUGAGCUUCAUCAUUACUUACAGCGUCAUCAGGCUGUUCCUGAAGACGAACAGUUUCUAGAGAUAUUUAGAGCACUCAGACUUGCACAGGGCGGACCAUUACCUAGUGAAGGUCCAAUUACUUAUGACAAUGAGUCUGAUUAA